CUUACCGUGGCUGUUUUUCAACGUAAGGCCGCCACCUGUUCCUUUCUUCACAAACUCUCAAAUUAUUCGAGUACUCGGAAAACUUUAGAUUAUUGCUAUCAUCCCGUGUUGGCCACAUAUGUGAACUUCCCCUGUUCACGAUGCGUGGGCUGGCUAGUAUUAUCAGGUCAAUUAUACGCCGUACUACUCGUAAGAACCAUUAGUAUACUUGGGGAGAUAAUCAACACCCAGCCAUUGGUAUGGUACCACUUAAACCUUAAUUGCGCCUCCCCUGUGUGUCGACCGAAUACCCUGCUCAAUCUAGACAUGGGUGACAACAAGUUUGAAUAUAUAAUUCCUGAACCCACAUUUCCUUCCUAGCUUCGUUCCUGACGAUUGAAACACUUUUGUCUCUCUUUCUAUAUCUCACCAGGAGGACAUUAUCGAAGAACGGCCACAAUGUCUUACUACUCCAAUGCUCUUCGGGGCAUCGCUGUAUUCGCUGCUCUUCCUUUAGCGCUAUUAGUCAAUGGUCAAGGUAGAAAUCUUCUCAUUGGCGCAAAAAGAUUUUCAUGCUAACUUCUCCAGCGGAAUAUUCGUGCUCUGAUACAUAUCUGCAGUCGGAUGAUCCAGUUACUGUUAGUAUAUACCCACUCAUUCACAUCAGCAAUGUUUUCUUUUGUUUCAGUAACGCGAUACUUACUCGAACCCUCACAGCCUAUGCCUCAUGGAUAUCCUUGGGGCCCAAAGACUGCAAAUAACACAGAUCCAUGUGAAUAACUUCUCUCCCAUUUAUCAUGAUAACUCGCUAACUCCGUUUAGACCGUAAGUUCGAGUACCUUUGAAAAUAGCAUGUAUGUGCUAAAUGAUGUCUCGAAAAGUUGAACCACCGGUGACUGGGUAAGUAGCAUUUUGGAGCUUGAAGUUACAGAGUGCUAAUCUUGCUUAGGGUUAUCCGAAAAUACGACUUCACAAUUACUCGCGAAGUAAAGUCCCCAGAUGGUUACGAAAAGGAAAUGCUGUUGGUCAAUGGUCAAUUUCCUGGUCCCUUGAUAGAAGCAAACUGGUAAUCAUUCCCACUCCAUGGUAAUUGAUACAAUUCGCUGACAAAACACCAGGGGCGAUACUAUUCAGGUCACCGUACACAACGCUAUUACGGGCCCUGAAGAAGGAACCGCUAUACACUGGCACGGGAUCCUCCAGAAGAAUGAGCAGUACAUGGAUGGUGUACCAGGGGUAUCACAAUGUCCUAUUGCUCCCGGGAAAAGUUUCAGCUACAGCUUUCUGGCUGAUCUUUACGGUAGGUUUUGGGCGAUUCAUCACGAGAUGUCAUUUGCUGAUAUUUUCAGGAACCACGUGGUACCACUCUCAUUACUCUGCGCAAUAUGGUGAUGGGUUGAUUGGACCUCUUGUAAUUUACGGGCCACAAACUGAGCAUUAUGACAUUGACCUUGGGCCGAUUUUACUAAGCGAUUAUUAUCACGCCAAUUACCAAGAUCUCGUUGAGGGGGUCGUGAGCACCAAUCAGAAUCAAACCGUAAGUGCUUUGAAUUCCAAUGUCAUCUGAAUUAUUUUAGGAGGAAGAAGUUAAUUGGUCUAGGCACCCAUGAGUGACAACAAUCUCAUCAACGGCAAAAACAACUAUGAUUGCUCACAAAAGCUAGAAAGCGACACUAGUCCAUGCAUUAACAAUGCUGGGAUUGGUAACUUCAAAUUUACACCCGAAAAGGUGCACCGGCUUCGUUUGAUCAAUCCGGGGUCAGAAGGCGUUCAAAAGUUUUCUGUGGAUGGGCACGUUAUGCUUGUCAUCGCGAAUGAUUUCGUGCCUAUUAUUCCUUAUGAGACCAAAGGUUAGUUAACACUUUCCCAGUCCAACGUGGAAAAUGCUCAUAUGAAAUCAGUUGUAACACUCGGGAUCGGUCAGAGAACAGAUGUACUCAUCGUUGGUCUUCCAAUUAGUGAUAUCAAGACGUAUCUGAUGCGAGCUUCUAUCGCUGCCGCGCCUUGCUCGGUAGCCAGAAAUCCGGACGCAACUGCCAUCGUAUAUUAUGAACCCGAAGUCUCCAUUGAUGCCCGUGACAACUAUGAUACCGUCCGAUCCACUCCAUAUGUGGUGCCAACUGAUACCAACACUCCCGAUGACCACUACAACUAUGAUAAUGUCGGAUCCACUCCAUAUGUGGUGCCAACUGAUACCAACACUCCCGAUGACCACUACAACUAUGAUAAUGUCGGAUCCACUCCAUAUGUGGUGCCAACUGAUGCCAGCACUCCAGAUGACCACACCUCGGAUACCAAUACUUCUCCCGAUGACCACAUUCCAGACGACAACACUACAGAUGCCAACACUCCUCCGGGUACCUAUAAUCCAUAUGGAAACACUCCAAAUGAUUCUCAAAAUCCCGAGGACCUCGACAAUAAAAGCUUCGACCCAAAAGCCUUCAGCACCGAUGCUCUACAUCUCGAACCUCCAACAUCAACGCCUUGGCCAGAAUUUCUCGACUCUGUUAAAAACAUAUGUGCAAAUGAUGACCUUGCAAAGACCAUACCCUGGUAUCCCAUUAAACCUGAGCCGGAACCGGCAAAAACAGAAACGUACAGCAUUACAUUUGGGCAAAACGAAACCGGAUUCUUCUUAUGGUCCAUGAACAAUGUCUCUUUCCGCGCAAAUUUCAACCAACCUGUCUUCCUCCUUGCAGCUACUGGCACUGACAACUUCGAUGAUCAUCCAGAAUGGAACGUGUAUAACUUCGGAAGCAGUAGCUCGAUUCGAAUUAUCAUCAAUAAUGAUGGACCGCCUAUUCCUCAUCCUAUGCAUAUGCACGGCCACAAUUUCUUCCUGCUGGCCGAGGGACCGGGUAGAUGGGAUGGAAAAACUAUUAUCAACCCAGAUAACCCACAGAGGAGAGAUGUACACAUUUUGCGGUCGAAUGGGUAUAUGGUGAUGGAAAUUAGGGCUGAUAAUCCGGGUACUUGGCCGCUGCAUUGCCAUAUCGUAGGUUUUCCUCCUUUCUUUCUUUUGUUGAUGCUUCCGUUCAGGGUAAGGCUAACUAGUGGUUACAUAGGCAUGGCAUGUUUCUGCAGGGCUCUAUGUCACCGUCCUUGAGCGUCCAGACGACAUCAAGAAAGCUCAAAUUCCAUCAAUCAUAGCUCAGACUUGCAGAGACUGGUGGGCAUAUACGGAGAGGGAGGUCGUUGAUCAAAUAGAUUCUGGUCUUUAGGGCAUUGGCUACCGCCUGUUCUUAAUUUCCUUCUUUGCUUGCAUUUAAAGGGAAUGUGAGCUUAUUUAUAUCUCGUUUUUGCAUACGUUGGAGUUUGUGUAUUUUGCUGUUUUCUGGGCUCAAUGAACAGAAGGUUUUUGCGGAAGGUUUUUGCAAUAGUCAUAGAGCGAAUUAAGGCGAGC